AGCGCACUCGGACGCUCGGAUGGAGAGCUGAUAAGAGGAGAACAAACAGAGAGAGAGAGAGAGAAGGAGAGAUAGAGAUAGAGAUACAGAGAGAGAGAGAGAGAGAGAGAGAGAGAGAGAGAGAGAGAGAGAGAGAACAACCUCCCCGCAGUUAAAGUAAACAGUCUGCCUUGCUGGAAGAUUUUCAAGUCCAGAGCGAGCUAUAAGGUAGAGAGAUCACGAUGAUGACCAAACCUUAUGGGAAGGGGUCUGAAGAUGUGACAGAACUGGUCAGCUCUUUGGGCUGGAUUGAGGAGGACCUGAGCUCUCAAGACGGGGACCAAACUCCUGAGACGGGUGGCCGCUACAACCCGAACAGCCGUGGUCCUGUAGAUCUCGGCAGCGAGGACAUGGACGAGGAAGAGGAGGAGGAAGAAGAAGAGUCCGGUCUGGAUGGGGAGAAAGCACCCAAACGGAGGGGACCUAAGAAGAAGAAGAUGACCAAAGCCAGACUGGAGCGCUUCCGGGCCCGUCGCGUCAAAGCAAAUGCGAGGGAGCGCACGCGCAUGCACGGAUUGAAUGAUGCCCUGGACAACCUUCGGCAGGUCAUGCCCUGUUAUUCCAAGACCCAGAAGCUGUCCAAGAUCGAGACCCUGCGGCUGGCCCGCAACUACAUCUGGGCACUGUCUGAGGUUCUGGAGAGUGGCCAGUCGCCAGAGAGUCAUGGCUUUGUGGAGAUGCUCUGCAAGGGGCUCUCACAACCAACCAGCAACCUGGUGGCUGGCUGCCUCCAGCUAGGACCUUCAGCCAUGCUGAUCAAUAAGCUGGACGAGAAGUGCGGUGGUCCUGGAGUGGGUGGUGUGGGUGUUCAGCAGGGACACUCCCUGAGUUACCCAUCACCUGGCUUGCCCAGCCCUCCUUAUGGUUCUCUGGAGGCUUCACACCUACUACAUCUGAAGGACUUCAAAGGUGCCGCUUAUGAGAAUCACUCAUCCAACGAAUGUAGCAAUGGCACGCCGCCUUACGACGGCCCACUCACGCCACCCCUCAGCAUAAGUGGCAACUUCGCCCUCAAGCAAGAGAGAUCACCACACGAGACAGAGAGGAACUACACACCACAUCCCACACACCCAGCCCACUAUCUCUCCUCUCACCACUACCCACCAUCCUCCAUGGCUAGACUCCCAGGUCCCCAGGGCCACGCACUUUUCCCUGGCUCACGUUAUGAGCUACCUUUAGACAUGGCCUUUGAGUCGUUCGCCCCACCACAUAUGGUUACUUCACAGAUGAGCACCAUUUACAGUGAAUGAACAGCCCUGGACCCUCCGCAGUUCUGUGGUACAUGUAUCCAGAGAUCAAGCAGGAGCAAAGGGACAGUUUGCAGCCACUAUGUAGGAGAUCCAGGAACCACUGAGACUGUCCUGCAAGAAAUAGAGAUACAUAUUUUGAUUAAUUUAUUCUUGUACUUGUCUUCACUGAGUUUUACUUGUUAUUUGUUCCAGAUUUUCUUCUCCCACAGACUUGAUAAGGAAUCUUAUGCAUAUCCUGCAUAGACUGUAAAGAUCACAAAUGCAUGCACAUUUUUCUAAAGCCUCAAAAAGAAAUUUCCUCUGCCUAUUUUGAUAAACACCUUCCAAAAAUGCUUAACAAAGCAAUACGUUUUGCCAUAUGAACAAAAAUGUUUUUAUUUAUAGCUGUAUUUAAUAUUUAUUUUGACUGUGUUUAUGGCAUCAGUCAGCACUGGUUUCUCAAUUUUUUGGUACAUUGCCAGUCACUGAUACCAUUACUCAUGAAGUAUUUAAUUUAUUUAUUGGAAAUGUUUUGGGUUAAUGUAUUUUUUGUGUCAUUCUCCACUGUAUUUGUCAGUUUUGUAAAAUGUUUUGUAAAUAUUUACCUGUU